AUGGUGGUAUCAGGGUCGUUAGACAACUCGGAUUUUGACUUCCCAAUCGACGCUGCUGCUGCCGGUGCCGCUGCCUCACUAGCAGACGAGGAAAACGAGGACGACGGGGUGGAGAGAGGCGAAACCGGGGAAGGUGGGGGGAUCGGGGCAGCCGGAGAAGCAGGAGGAGCAGGAGGAGCAGGAGGAGAGGGAGGAGAGGGAGGAGAGGGAGGAGAAGCCGAGGAGGAGGAAGGGGAGGGGGACGGGGACGGAGGGGAGGGGGACAUAGAAGACGAUGACAUGGACUUGUCAUACGAUUCAGAGGACGAGUUAGAGGUUGUCCUGCUCCUCCGCAUCCCUCGCAACAUGGCAGAGCUCCGAGCUGUGCGAGCCACCCUCGCGCUCUACAAGCGAGAGUUCCCGCUCCGAGUCGUCGUCAUUUUCGUCAAUCUCUACCUCUUCCUGCAGUCGUUUUGCAUCCCGGGGACUAUUUUUAAUCUCUGCUCCCCACUCGUCGGCAUACCCAUCCGGAUCUACCUCAUUGGAACGUUCUUCGGGUUCAUCCCCUCUAGUGUGAUUCAAGUUAAAGCCGGGUGCGUGCUCUCGACCAUUAACUCGCUCUCGGACCUCUACGACGCGCCUACUAUUGCGGCUUUAUUCCUAGUAGCCAUAUUGGCCCUCGUUCCUCCGCUCUCUAAGACCCUCUGGGCGCAGAGGCUAUGGGCUCAGGCCAUGAGCAACAGCACAGUAGCCGCUUUCGUCUCCUUUAUAAGCAGCCUUGGUGUGAAAUGUCAGCAGCAGCAGCAGCAGCAGCAGCAGCAGCAGCAGCAGCAAGGGGGUUCAGCUGGAGGGUAUGGAAGCAGGGAUCAGACUGCUGGCUGGGAGCAGGGCAGUGGGGGGGGGGUGCAUGGCCAGUCGCCCUGA